UUUCAACGUUGGAGGAUUGCUUCAUUAUAAUUACGUGUAAAUAUGAAAGGGUCCAAAGAGGAAGUCUCAUCCUCUCUUUCGACAGCCAGCAGCAAGAAAUCAGGCAGCAGCAAUGAACUACCUGGAUGAAGUUCCCUUCCGGACAGCCAUGAGCCUCAAUGGGGACUCAGAGGGAGAAAUCACUUUAGUCACUGCCCCGAACAUUGAGCUCCCUGACUGCACUGACAUCCUCAUGAGCACCAUGCACGACUUCUCUCUGGAAAGGAAAGUGCUGUACUGGGUGGAGGUGGCCUCUCAGCAGCAAACCUCCCGCCAUCGAGUCACCUCCGAAGUCGUGCCCACGGCUCCCCCGUGCUGGCUGCUGCUGGUGGAUCCCGCCGACGGCUGCGGCGGGCGGGGGCGGGACGGGGCGGUGCGGCGCUCCAUCAGCCUGAGCGCUGCCGGCAGCUCCUACGGGCACGCCAGGGGCAGGGCCGUGCUGUCCGACACCGAGAGCGACACCUGGCACUCCGAUGAGGGCGACUACUCGGAUGAUGAGUAUUCCUCAACCUCUUGGGAAGAGAAUGACAAGGAUGAAACGCUCCUCUCCAGGAGGAGAAGUUCUGGGAGAAGUGUGUCUUCGCGGCCCGGCUUUUACCAGACCCGACCAAAGACAUCGCCCGGCUUGCUGGAGCCCUCGCCUGAAAACAGUGUGCACAGCCCAGCCAGCCCGGACCCCGGCAAGCAGAGAAGAUCCAUGGUGAUAUUUAACAACAUGAAGAAUGAGCUGGAAGCCGCCGGGAGGAAGCUGGCUGCUUUGGUGCAUCCAUUGAACAGAGCUGCCACAGGGAGCAGGGGCAUCCUGGUGCCACGGCUGCUCCCCCAGUGCCCCGGCACCAACCGCAGCGUCCAGUACGGGCCAGAUGCGGGCGUGUCCCAGCAGGGGACGGCUGUGCCAACUCCUCCGGCCACGCCCAUCCCUCCCAUCAAGGAGCACAAGCCCACGGUACCGUCCUACAGUUGCCUCCCCGCUGCCUCCACGCCUGGACGACCUCUCAGCUGCCACAGAUCCCAGCCCGAUUCCUCGGCUGACCUGCUCUCUGCGCUGAGCCAAGAGGAGAGAGACCUCAUUGAGCCUGUCAUAGCCCUGGGCUACCCCACCCAGAAAGCCAUCCUCACCCUCCAGAAGACUGGAAGGCAAAGCUUGAGUCAGUUCCUGAGCUACCUGGGUGCCUGUGAUCGGCUGCUGAAGCAGGGCUAUGAAGAAGGGCAGGUGGAGGAAGCCAUGGAAAUGUUCCAGUACUCAGAGAAAAAGGCAGCUGAAUUCUUACAUCUGUUGGCUCAGUUUAAUGAUAUGGGCUUCCAGCAAAAUGAAAUCAAAGAAGUUCUUUUGCUUUGUGGGAAUCAGAGGGAGAGGGCUCUGGAAGAGCUCGUGAUGAAAACUCACUGAGCUGCAUCCUGGAGCAGGCACAGCUUCCCAUCUCCACACCAGACCAGAAGGACUCAGGUGACUCUGCUGCUCCAUCCCCACCCCUGAACGCACCAGACACACAACUUCACAGCUCUGCCUUGGUGUCUCAUUUUGUGGACAUCCAUCAUAAGAGUAUUUGUCAUUCAGGCACUGACUGCCUAGCAGGAAUGUUUAUCUCCUCACCCACACAUCCCCACCCUUGAUCAUCUCAGCUGUUCAGAUUAGAUGAAAGAAGAUCCAAACCGCCUUUGGCUUAGAUUUUUGCAAAACAC